AUGAACCCUUUGAAGAACCGCAGCCACGCCAAGAAGGAGAUCACCCGUGAAGAGCUUCUUUCCAUUGGCUGGACCGGUACUCGUAGAGCCACUGCUUUCGAAUGGUCUGAAGAGAACCGCAAGACCAAGAUUGAGGCUGCUGGCGGUGUUGUUAACGCGUACCACCAAGGAAUCCUCGAGGACCUCCGCAACUCUUGCAUUAAGUUGGACAAAGGUGAAGGUUGGGACUCCCCUGGCCCUCAAGAGAAGCAGAAGUCGGAGUCCGAGGUCGAGGAGGGCCGAUUCCUGCUCAGCACCAACUACUUCAAGCUCGUCUACAGCCCCUUGGCCGAACUCAUUGAGGACGAGAGCAUUGACCAGGCUACUAAGAACACCGCCCUCAAGACAUUCCGCAGAAACGGACCUGCGAACGCUCCCGAGGAGCUCAAGGAGAUCUUCCGCAAGAGGAGAGCUCUGGAGCCCGUCGACAAAAAGAAGAAGAAAUAA